UUACCCUCCAGCGAAAUUCGUGGAGAUUAUUUUUAGUUCUUCGGGUGCUCCGUAGCAAAAUAACGUGAUGUUUGGAGUGGCGCUGACAGAGGAGAAGAGAAAGCGCCCCUUCUAUCUUCCCUGCGUUAUCUGAACUUCGACUAGGAUGAGUUUUUGAAGUUAUGAAAUGUUAUUCUACAAAUUGAUUGUUGAUCUGCAGGCUAAUUGCCGAAAUUUGUGAAAAAUGUUUGUGGGAAAUAAUACGAGUUCGACUUUCCCCUUCUUCUUGGAGGAGAAUCCACAGUACUAUGAUUCUAAUGCAUCUACACAGCUCCAGCUAUUUGCAAACAUUUCUUCUGUUUGCGAUGCUGAUCAGCUGAGAAAUGUUGCGCCUGAUUUUAAUGAUGUCUCCGCCUUAAAACUACCAAACAAAAGAAGCUCCGAGUCAGUAGAAAUGACUAGGCAGAACAACAUACAGAUUUCUUUGAAUAAUCUCUUUUACAACAAAGCUGAUAAGCCUGAAAGCAUUCCCGAUGUGAAUACUGUGUCCACUGGUCUAAGACUGUCCUAUGAUGACGACGAUCAUCUUUCCUCGGUUACAACGGCGAGUGGGAGCAUGCCAUCACUGCCCCUUUCAACUAUUCUCAAUAAAUUAGGCCCUGAGAUCGAGCAUCAAACAGAAGAAUUCAACCGUUACCUGAGAAUGCAGGAGGAGCAAUUUGUAAAAGCAGGUAGAGAGAUGCUGCAGCGGCAUCUGGUCUCCUUCGUGAGCAUUAUUGAAUCAGAAUUGUUGAAAAAGCUCCAUGACAAAGACCUAGAGAUCGAAUCAAUCAACCGGAAGAAUCGAGAGCUCGCCGAUCGAAUCCGGCUGGCUGCUGCUGAGGCUCAAACAUGGCAGCAGCGUGCGAAGUACAACGAAUCUAUAGUGCACACUCUGCAAAGCAGCCUUCAACAGGUGAUGGCUCAAGGUGUUGUUGCUGCUGCAGCUAAGAAUGGCAGGGAAGGAUGUGGUGACAGUGAAGUUGACUCUGCUUCAUCCAGUGGUCUUAAUUUUUAUAAGGAUGGCGGCCAUAGUAAGAUGCCAUUGAAGAGGGCUUGUAAAGCUUGUAGAGAGAGGGAGUCGUGUAUGCUUAUGCUGCCCUGCAGGCAUAUGUGCUUGUGUAGGAUUUGUGAUGGAAUAGUUGAUGGUUGCCCUAUUUGCUUUACUAGGAAGACUGCUAGUGUGGAGGUCAACAUGUGGGGAUAAUGUUAAGUAGAGGGAGUUGCAGGUGGGACUUUCUUUGUUGAGCAGGACUCAUGGUUCGUGUUAUGUAAUUGUGCUACUUUAUUUGCCCCUUGGUGGGUUUAUAUAAAUAAUCUUUGUUGCUAGAAGCAUGCUGAAAA